UAAAACUUUAAAAUUUAAAAGUGAAAAUUGUAGUGGAGGUAAGUAGUCGAAAGAUAGAAUAACUGUCAUGGUAGCAGCUAAUAUGAGUGGCACAGAGAAAAAGAAAUUGCUCAUUAUUGGAAAGUCACAAAAACCAAGAUGUUUUAGAAGUGUCAAAUCAUUACCUGUCGAUUAUGCUAACAAUCGUAAAGCUUGGAUGACGUCAGAACUUUUUGAAAAAUGGCUUCGUGAUUGGGAUCGUGAUUUGGUGAAGAAGAAGAAGAAAAAUAUUCUAUUGCUGGUUGAUAAUUGCCCGACGCAUCCAAAUGUUACUGAUGUAUAGUCUAUAACACUUUCUUUCCUUCCGCCGAAUACAACAUCAAUACUGCAGCCAAUGAAUCAGAGAAUAAUACGAUCACUCAAAACGAAUUUUAGGAAGAACCUUGUGCUCAAAUUGAUUAACUGUCUUGAUGCUAAUGAAAACAACUCUUCUACAAAAAUAACGGUGCUGGAUGCAAUUCUGAUGGUUAAUGAUGCCUGGAAUAAAAUGUUACAAAGUAUCAUUCGUAGCUGUUUCAAACAUGGUGGAUUCACGAUAGCGUUCUACUCACAUCCGAAGAACCCACCAAUGAAAAUAUCGUACAGAACAUUAGUGCUAAGAAACAACUCGAAAGUGAUGGGGAAGAAGAAGUCGAAGAGGCAUUAAAAGCUGCAGAAUUAUUAUCAUGAUUUGUUCACAGCAAUAUUGAAAAUGAUACUUUGACCAUAGCUAUGUCUUCUACACACAAUAGUAUUAGAGACUGUUUUUAC